AUGCAUCACCGUAGCCCUUCUCGUAAUUCGAAUGCUGCUCCCCGCCGCGAUUCUCUCCGGAGCCCUGCUUCUUCAUCUAGGCAGGAGCAAGCUGAUCCUCGCUACUCACCCUCCGAUUCUCAUCAGAUGCAGCCAUCACUCCCGUCCAUCCAUCACCUCCAUCCUUACCUUGCUCCUGCCGUGCCGCAGCAUGCUGUCCCGGGCCCCAGUUAUGUUUCUAGCGAGCAGCCCUCUAUGGCCACUGUCAUGGACCCCGCAGCCCUCGAACAGCGUCGCGAGAGUCGCGACCUGGGCCCACCCGACUCUGACGUCGAGGAGCAAGGCCCGCCCAAGAAGAAACGCCGCAGGCAGGCCCUAAGCUGUACCGACGCUGACCGUUCCACUCUCGACGCUACUCUCGCACCCCUAUGGACCUACAAAUUCGGGAACACGGCAUUGGUCUUUUCUUGGUCGCGUACGAUCCCGUCCCCCGCAGAAUGCAAGCGGCGCAAGAUAAAGGCUCAGCCUUGCGGCCCGUGCUCGCGCCGUGGGGAGGCCAACAAGUGCCAAUGGAACAUCGUUGAACCGACGGAUAAAUACGUGACGCGCGCGGAGUACGACGAGCUGAAAUACCGAUUUGAUAACCUGGAGGCUUCCAUCGCUCGGUUGUUGCCAGGCUUUGCUGCGACGUCGGGGCCUGUCGCGGCGCCUCCGUACAUUUCGGCGCCAAACCCAAGCGGGGCUGCUAUUCCUCAGGCGGGUAGUAUGGCGUCCACAGCUCCCGCAUCAUCGGGCAUGCCGUCCGCAGUUUACCCUGCACAGUAUGCUCCGGAUAUACCUCCGGCAUCAGAUUACCACGUCCACGCUCAAUAUGACCCGAGGAAUGCCCCAGCUCCGUCGUCUCAGCCGUCUCGACGCCUUCACCUCCCUCUCCCCUCUCUGCAGCCUCCUUCAGCAUCGAUUACGUCUCCAACAGCCCCGAAGCCGUCUCCGCUGUCCCUCGCCGCAAUAACGACGCCCUACGAUCCAGGGGCGGCGCCUGACAGCCGGCAGUCAAAAAACUACCAAGCGCAGGCGCUCACAGCGUUACUGGGCGAGCGCCUGCGCCUGUCGCCUCAGCCGCCCGAAGACCCAGUACAUCAUCGUUUGCAGCACCAGUACCGCCAGCUCCUCCAGGUCCGCAACGGGUGA